UGGAAAAUCACACACCGAGUCAAUGAAAUAGUGCAGUUUUACGUUUGUUAAAAACAGAUUCAUUUUUCCAAGACCACUGUCGCACGGGGCAAUGAACAAUCGCUGCCGCGAGUGAAAAUUAACGAACUUUUGACAGAACCGAACGCCGCGGCUACUAAUUCUCCCGCGGGGUCUUUCAAGUCCCUUCGGAUGCAUCCAGAUUGCAUCGCCCAGCAUCUAGUGAAUCAGUGACGAGCUCUUCAGUGCUGUCAAAGCUACGCCGGUCCCUGAGGCUAGUCCUUGACGCGUGCCACGUGCUGAUCAGAGGAGCCGCUCUGCGACCCGGAAGGGUUGAUUCCCGGAGGAGAGACGGGAGAGAGAAAGAAAGAGAAGGAGAGAGAGAGGGACACAGGACUCGUUAAAGUGAACGGAUCGAGUGAGCGCGAAUUAAAAAAAUUUUCAUGACAUAUUGAGGCGAUGACAGGAUGCCUUCGUUUCGACGCCGUGUGCCCAAACCAGCCCCAUCGCGUAUAGUAUCGAGAUUCUACAAGCUGGUUCUCGCCACUGUGGUCGUUUUUAUCUCAAACUAUCGGGCGACGUGUCUGAUGAGCAAUUCCGUCGACGACUGGGCCGGGGGAAACGCCAUUGUGUGCAGUGGUAUCCCAGGUUUGACCAAGGAGCAGCGAGAACUCUGCAACAGGAACAGUGACGUGACUGUCGCUGCUCUGAAGGGACUGCAAAUGGCCGUGUCCGAGUGUCAGCACCAGUUCGCAUGGCACAGGUGGAACUGCUCCUCGCUGACGACGAACAGCCGCAAUCAGCAGAGCAGCAUCCUUCUCCAGCGAGGUUACAGAGAAACGGCCUUCGCCUACGCGAUAUCGGCCGCUGGUGUCGCGCACAGCGUCGCCAGAGCUUGCAGCAUGGGUCGUCUGGUGUCCUGCGGUUGUGAUCCAUCCAGUUACAAGGGCAGACCUCCGGCGAAAGCUCGAGGCGCGCAGUGGAAGUGGGGUGGAUGCUCCCACAACCUGGACUACGGGAUGGAGUUUUCAAAGCACUUCUUGGACUCGCGUGAAAAGGCGGGCGACAUCCAGUCGACGGUCAAUUUGCACAAUAACCAGGCCGGACGAUUGGCGCUGUCAAGCAACAUGCAGGUGCGAUGCAAGUGUCACGGAAUGUCGGGAUCCUGCGAGUUGAAGACGUGCUGGAAGGCGGUCCCCGAAUUCCGUAUAAUCGGCAAGACGCUGAAGGACCGUUUUCGCAGCGCGAUUCUCGUCGCCCAGAGCAAUUUAGGAAACAUUACGCCACUGACCAGAGUCCGAGGAUCGCGGCGAAGAAGACCGGAGCACAGGCAAAAGCAACGCAAGCACAGGGGCGGCCGAAAACGGAAGCCCAAGGACCUCGCGAAGCAGCUUUUCUACUAUCAAAAGUCACCGAAUUUCUGCGAGCGGGACCCGGCAGCCGACAUUCCCGGCACCAACGGGAGGCGGUGCAACCGAACCAGCCCCAGCGGGGACGGCUGUGCUUCGCUCUGCUGCGGCCGCGGCUACAACGUCGUUCGUCAACGACGGACCGAACGAUGCCACUGCAAGUUCCACUGGUGCUGCUUCGUUCAGUGCGAAAAUUGCACCGUCGAGGAAUGGGUGACGGUCUGCAAGUGACUUUAUUCGGAUUCUUCUUUUAUACCGGAGAGUAUGCAACAAAUCACUUUCAACGGAACAAUUUCGACGUUAUUAACAUCGGUAUGAUCGUUGUUUUGUGCGCGGAUUAUUAUCGGGUUAUUUUCAUGUUUUUACUGAUGGCUCUCAUGGAGGGAAAAGCGAUCGAGACCAAAGAUAAAUAGUACUGAGAUGGGUGAAUUUUUUAUAACACACACAUAAGGGACUUUAUGCCGCGAUUU